AUGGCACCGCAGUUGAUAUUUCGGCCUCAGGACAUCAUCCUGGCUCCAGAUGCUAGUGGCAGCGUGAAAGAAUUCUGCAGUCAGAACUGCCUGACCAGCUUCAACUUCAAGCAAGACGCCAUCAAAAAAUCAUCUCAACCCAAAUUAACCCCUUCACUCUGCAGCAUGUGCAGCAGAUACUGCAUCAGCAAACAUGAAGUGAUCCUGAGCGGUGCUGUCCACAAGCUCUGCAGCGAUGCCUGCUUCAACCGUUUCCGGAAAGUCAACAAACUUUCCAUGGCUGGCUGCGAAAACUGCGGCUCCUACUGCCUCAAGAAAUCGCUCAUGCUGAAGCUGAAGGACAGCCACAAAACUUUGUGCAAUGCAGAGUGUCUGGCCAAGUACAAAGAGAACACUAAGACCAACCAGCCCUGCGUGAUGUGUAACACUACCCGGCUGAUGGGAGAAAUGAUUCACAACAAGAACAGUGACAACUCAGUGAGCCUGUACUGCAGCAGCAGCUGUGUGAUGGCUUUCAAGGUCCAGUCCGUCAGUGCAUCAGGUGCUCGGGUGAGUUGUGAUAAUUGUGGGAAAAACACAGUCCCCGCCUACCACCUGGCCAUGUCAGAUACCUCCAUCAGGAACUUCUGCACUCUGCCUUGUGUCAUGGCUUUUCAGGAAAGGUUCAAGAAGUCCCAGACACAGGUGAAUAUUUUUACCAAGUUGCCCGUCGGAUCACCCCAAAUCCAGAUCACCUCCGCCCAAAAUCAGCAAGAAAUCCCCAAAGCACCACUGAAACUGAACUGCUUCCAGUGUGCCCGCAACAUACAAUCUCUACCUGAAGUCAUCCAGAUCAAGGACCAAAUGGCUUUCGUGUGCAGCAUUGAUUGUGCUCACGAGUUCAAGAAAGACAACAACGUGACGAGCCUGUGUGAAUACUGUAAGAUCGAAAAGAUCACCAGAGACGCUAAGAGGAUAGACAACAGAGACUGCUACUUCUGCAGCGACGGAUGUAAGCUCCUCUUCAGACACGACCAGACUAAAAGCUGGGGGAAGCACUGUAACUCCUGCGCCUACUGCUACAGUGUGUCCAAGGAGCUGGUGACGGCUCAGUACGGAGGCUCCACCGAGGAGUUCUGCUCUGACGAGUGCCGCUCCAAAUACACCAUGCUCUUCUGCCACGUUGCAAAAUGUGACACCUGCGGCCGCAAAGGGAAACUGAAGCAGAGUCUUCCCAUGCUGGGAGAGGUCAAACACUUCUGUGAUCUGAUCUGUCAGCUGCAGUUCUGCUGCGAUAAAGUGGCCAUGCAGGGAGAAAUCGUCAAAGGUACAGCGGAGGCCACACCCAUCAUCGCCAGCGUCAUCUCACUUGCAGGACCUCCAACAGAGGAAUCAAACGCUUCCAACCGAACUGUCCAGACAAAUACACAACACACAAACACAGGCACAUCCUGUCAUCCCAAGAGCUUUGGAAAUGUUAGUGUUCAGACGGAUACAGUGAACGUUCCUUCUCCUUCCCGCCCAAAAAUCCUGAAGAACAAGGCCGUGCUCUGCAGACCGCUGGUGCAGAACAAAGCGAUUUCCUGUAAGACGCAGACAGUCGAUGUUGAAGCACAAACGGAUGACAUCUUUCCUAAAAUCCUGAUCGUUCCCGUCCCAGUGCCGGUGUAUAUUCCUGUACCCAUGAAUAUGUACAGCCAGUUUACCCCCCAACCUAUGGGGCUGCCAUUUCCAGUGCCGGUACCCAUGUUCCUGCCUGUGACAAUGGACAGCGCUGAACGCAUCUUAGAAACCAUCCAGGAGAUAAAGCAAAAGAUCCCGUCCGACCCCUUCGAGGCAGAGCUCAUCCUCAUGGCCGAGAUGGUGGCAGAACAACAUGAGAACAGCAACAAGGAGGAGAGACCAAAGGAGAAGGUGGCGGGAAAAGACAGACAACAAGUAACUGCUCCAGAUGAUCACAACAGUAACUACAGUGAUGACUUAGACACCGAAGACUUGGCAAGUUUUCUCAAUAACUGGGAGGAAGCCUCCUCUGAUCCAGCCGUCAGGUCUCCCAGUCGGCCGCACGCUCACGAGAAGCUCAACCCCGUUAUAGGCAUUCCCCUGGGCCUGACUAAUGAGCCUUUCCCCAAGCCCAAGCCUGCCAUGGACAUCGAAGCAGACUUCACUGUCGAAACGUUGGAGAAAAUGGCCCGUUUAAGAGACGAGUCCAGGCGCACCCCGAGCCCUCCGCCUGCUACUCCAAGGCGACGACAAGCUCACAGGAAAGCCAGAGAAAAAAAGGGUCGUAAGCCAAAGCGCUCAUCUAAGACAGCUGAAGUGUCGACUCAAAAGGCCGAAGCAGUAGAGUUCCCUAAACUGCAGAGUGAAUAUGGAGUUGAAGCCUGGAAGCGAUGGAUCCAGAAGAGGCCAACUCAGCCCAACAUGGAGAAACCACGCUUUGGUUCUCGCCCCAUAGAGUUGAAGGAGGAUGUUCUCAGCUGCACCACGGCUGAGCUGAGCUACGGUCUUUGUUCUUUCAUCAGUGAGGUGAAACGACCCAAUGGAGAGUCGUACUCCGGCGACAGCCUCUUCUACCUCUGCCUCGGCAUUCAGCAGCAUCUGUUUACAAACGGUCGUGUGGAGAACAUCUUCAUGGAUCGGUUCUACAACAAGUUCGCCACAGAGUUCACUACUAAUCUUAGACAUUUUAAACCUUCAAUCACAGCAAGUGGUUAUGUCCAUUCCCGUGUGGAGGAGGAGUUUCUCUGGGAAUGUAAACAGCUGGGGGCGUACUCCCCCAUCGUCCUCCUCAACACUCUGCUCUUCUUCUGCUGCAAGUACUUUGGCUUCACUACGGUGGAGCAGCACCGCCAGCUGUCCUUCGCCCACGUCAUGCGCUGCACCAAAACCAACCAUGACAACAGCAAGAACACCUUCCUGCGCUUCUACCCCCCAAUAUCCAUAAACGAGGCAGAGCCAGAUCCAGAGGUUCCAGCUAAGAGGCGUAAGGAGGAGGAGAGUAAAGAGGAUAUCCUGGAGAUGAUGGAGAACACAGAGAACCCUCUCCGCUGUCCGGUCAGACUUUACGAGUUUUACCUCUCCAAGUGCUCGGAGUCGGUCAAACAGCGCACCAACCUGUUCUUCCUUCAGCCUGAGCGCUGCUGCGUCCCCAACAGCCCCCUAUGGUUCUCCUCCAGCCCUCUGGACGACAGCACAAAGGAAAACAUGCUCAUUCGCAUCCUCACUGUCAGAGAGCUGCAUGUCAGGAGGAAGAAAGAUGGAGGGAUAAAGCAGAAGAAAUCCGAUGAUCUACCAUUCAUACCUGGCGAGGAAGAAGAGGGAGAUUCAGAGUGAAAGUGAUGCGGGAAGAUACCUUUUUAUUGGUGUAUCAACUUGUCGUGUAGAUAUUAUAAAUAAAGAGAUUAGAUCAUUUGAAUAUGACCUAAUAAACAGAAACGGACAGAAUAAUCCCUAUGGAGCAUGAGUACCAUUUUCAGAACUGCAAUUAAAGUGAUAUUCCUUGUUUUGGAACUGAGAUGGAAGACUCAACUAAGAAUUCGGACCAUCAACUACUUGCUCAAUUGGACACAAAGCUAUACUGCAUUUUAUCUGCUAGAUGGUAGAUUCCCAAUUUUGGUUUAGGUUAUCAGUGAGUAAAUGUCCAGAAGACAAACAGCUAACUGUGAUGCAGAUUUAAAUUGGCGACCAACAUUUAUAGUAAUUCAUAAUGUAAAUACUACCAAAAUGUGCCGUGAUUGUGCAUUCUUCCAUAUCUGCUGGUUUAAAUGAUUCAACAGGCUUCUCCAAUUUGCCCUUGGUAAAAUGUUAGAAACUGAACUUCAACAAAAGAAAAUAAGUUUCAAUGAAAGAUUCAAAUAGUUUUUUACAUUUCGUUUUGCCUCACUCGCAGACAAAUGAACCGAUUUUAGGAAUUCAUUUGUGUAUUUGAAAAAAAAGAUUAAAAGCAAUGUAUCAUGUUUGAAAAGACUUUCACACCAUUGGAACAUUUCACUAAGUUACCUUUUGUUGACUGAAUGCAUUGAAGUGAGUUUUGAUGACUGCAUUUUGGACAUAGGGCCUACUGUUUUCAGUCAACUGUCCUCUCAUAUGAUUUAUUGCAUUACCUUGACUCUCUGGCGUUAUAAAAAAAAUACUGUUCUGUCAUGUAUAUCUUGGUUACAUUAACCCCCAUUCCAGUAUGGCUGCCGAUGUUCUUGACAUUUUCUAUUCUAUGUUUUUUUUGAAUAAAAUCCUUUCAAAUGUAGUUGUUUUAUGUGAAAACAGCUACCGGGUGGAAGUUGUUGAAUUGUU